AUGUCAAGGGUAGUUGUGUUAGGUGCAGGUGUUUCAGGAUUGACAUCAGCAUUGACUUUAUUGAGACUUUCCAGAGAUGAUAUUCAAGAAUUGACUGUGCUAGCAUGCGAAUAUCCAGGAGACGCUCAUACCGGAGAAUAUACCAGUCCAUGGGCAGGCGCCAAUUGGCAUAGCUUUGCAGCACACUCAGAUUUGGACCAAAUCAGAAGAGAUAAAUACACAUACACAAAGUUUUUGCAAUUGGCUGAAGAUGCCCACACAGCUGGUAUUAAGAAAUUUCCAAUAAAAACGUUUUCCGCGAAAAAUAAAGGACUUCCAUGGUAUAUUGAACAGAAGUUUGUGGAGGACAUUGUUUUCCUCUCGGAUAAGGAGCUGCUCGAGCGGAAACUUGAUCCAAGAAAACAUGUAGGAUACGAGUUCACAACCAUUACUUUGACUCCCAUUGUGUACAACAGUUAUCUUUUGACAAAUAUCAAGCAAAGUGGCGGGAGAUGUAAAAAGAUCAAAAAAUUGAAUGCCAUUGAAGAUGUGGUCGAUGUCAUGGGAUAUGUUCCAGACUUGGUUAUCAAUUGUACAGGUCUUAACGGCGGCAAAUUGCUUAAAAACCUUGAGCCAUCGGAAUUGCAAAAGAAUUACCCAGUCAAAGGUCAAAUUUUACAAAUAUAUGAAGAUUUGCCUUUUCAAAUGAUCAUUGAUGAUCUUCCUGCCGAGGAUAAACCGUCGCAAGAUCAAUUCUUGAAUGUAUUCCCUCGUCAGGAAGGUGGUUGUGUUGUUGGAGGUAUUUUCUUGAAGGGUGAUUGGUCCACCGAAGUUGAUGAAAAUUUAUCAGCUAAUUUCCUUCGUGCAGUUAAGAACCAUAUUCCAGAAUUGAAAUCUACAACCGUGUACAAUGCUUAUACUGCCUUCAGACCAGGCAGAGAGGGUGGUGUGAGAAUUGAGCUUUCGAAAUACGAUCUGCCAGAAAAGAAGGCUACGUUACAGGUCAUUCACAACUACGGUAUUGGUGGUGCUGGUUAUCAGUCAUCCUACGGAAGUGCGUUGGAGGUUUGUUCAUACGCAAGAAAAGUACUAAGCGGAUCAAAAGAAUUGAGCUCUUGCAAGCUUUGA